UACAAUGGCGAGGUCACUUAUGCGUGUUUUGUGACGUGCACAGUUUAGAAUUCGAAACUCUUUACGCAAGUUCGGAGCAUUUUUCUAUUCGUUGAAUUACUUGAUUUUCAUCGGAGCAAAUUUCAAAAGUUAAAAUUAUUGUAAAAAUUCAUAAUGCCUUAUUAAUUUACCCACAGUUUAAUAAUUUAAAAAAAAUGUAGCAUUUCUUCGUGGUCCCUAAAAAUUCAUUAUGACUGCAUCGAGGCCAUUGAGAAUUCAUGAGUACUGCAGCACGCAAAAAUAGGUAGCUGUACAGUUACAAUAUAGAUCUUCAUUAAUCAAUGACGACUCCGCCAAGAAUACUGUCAAACAUAGCUUGCUGAUAACUCAUAAAUUAUUAUACUUAUCCUUCUGAACUGCAAUGGAUGGCUCAUAAGGAAAGUCCCAACUCCGUUUGGGCAUUCUUUAUCAUGAUUUUUUCAAAGAUGCAUUUACUGUUGCAUUUACUGAUCUCUUUAAUGAUGCAUAAUUACUUUCAGAAAAUCUGAAAUACAUGGUAUUCUUGAAUUUGCGUAAAAAAUUGCGAUUCUAAUCUCAUAAAGACCUACAAGUGAGAAAAAAUUAAAGAUUUUCAUUGAACCUUCCACGUAAGUCUUAAUGGCUAUCGCUCAAAAUUAGUUGGGAAAUUGUGCAGUUUUCCAGACGAAAAAAUUUGACUAUGUGGUAUCAAAAAAUGUCGCCAAGGAAACAUCUUUGACGAGAGACUAUACGAGCAGUUGAUACUGUUAAAAACUGGAAUAGUCAUAGGCCGCCGAACAUUAAUAGUUUGUCAAAUAAAAUGAAAUUUCGUGAUUGAAUUGAUUGAAUUUUCUCUAAACAUUACAUUUUCUCUAAAAUUACACAAGGAAAUAAGCUCUAAUUGCAAAUUCUAAUGCUUCAUGUAGAGCCAUAACGUUUUUCAGUAAACUUGUAAAAAAUUAUCUUAUAUUUAAUUAAAUAUAUAAUACAUUGUUACAAUUCGUUUAUCGGUACUGUAAAAGUUUGUAACCUGCAUCUGAGGCUUCUUGCGAGUUGCAAUGUCUUGCAUCAUACAGAACGUCAACGGCAGCACUCAAUAAGAGCUUCAAAUAUACCUACAGUUUAAAGGGAUAAUUCAACGAAAUUACGAUAGGACAUUGGAAAACAUUCAUUGGCCACUGAAGUUAGUUCAAAAUCAUUCAUUCAUCAUGCCUGUUGUAAAAAAAGAAGGAAAAGAUACAAUUAUUUUUGUAUCCAAAGAAGAUCAUUCAACUCCUAGUUCGAUAGUAUUACCAGAACCUGAAGCAAAACCUGGUUUAUUACUUCCAAAUGGACAAAUUAAUUGGAGUUGUCCAUGUCUUGGUGGGAUGGCCACUGGACCAUGUGGUUUAGAAUUUCGUGAAGCAUUCAGUUGUUUUCAUUUUUCUAAAACAGAUCCAAAGGGUUCAGACUGUUUUGAUGCAUUCAAAACAAUGCAAGCUUGUAUGUCAAAUUAUCCUUCUAUUUAUGCAAAUAAAGAUACAGAUUCUGAAGAUAUGAAUUCAGAUGGAAAAACUAUGCAAGAACUUUCUGAUAAUGCAAGUUCUGGUGAAGUGAAAAAACAAAACGAUCAAAAAACUGAUAGUUAAUAAAGUAUCUUAAAUGUCAAGUGUUGAAUUGUCAAUAAUUAUAUGUUUAAAAAGAUUAUAGUUCCAUAAUGUAUUUUAGGUACAAAAUGAUCAAUGUUUUGAUAUUACUUAUCAUGAUUUUUUUCUUGACUUUGAAAUAUAAUUAAUGCCGUAUAGUGUUCUUUGUGAGAUCAUAAAAA